UGGCAAGCAGUCCUAUACAUGUUACAUAUGUCACAGUAUUUCCUAGAUACAAUACAUGUGUGCAGAACCCAACAGUUCUCUUGUGGCACAGGGAGAAUUGGAUUCAGGAGGUAAAAAUAACCCGGGAAGAAAAACCAAAAUGCAAACAGUUUGAAGUCACUUAAUUUCUUCCUCUUCUCGGCCACCCGCAGUUGCCAAGAUUUUGGGAUAAUAGGUCUGGAGAAAUUCGGGAAUGUUGCAAGCUACCUCCCCUUCCUUCCGGGGUCGGCCGAACCGGCUCUUCGCCGCUCCUCGGCUGGGGGAGGGCGGGAACGUGUGCCCCAGGGCGGCCCCCAGCUCAGCCAUAAAAAGCCGCCGCUGCCGCUACUGGACCCUCGCAAAGAAGCAUCUCGGGAGCGCCCGCAGCAUGGACUCCGAGGCGAACUCUCUGAGCUCCGGCGCCGUCCCUAUCGAUUCCCGCGCUGUCCCGUGGCUGGAGAGGUCCGGGGCUCUGUCCCUGAUCCUGACGGCCGUUCUCGGACCACUGCUGCUGCUGGCCGUCAAGCUCUUCCUCCGGCGCCAGGCGCUUGUGAAAGCCCUGCGCCCCUUCCCGGGCCCACCCGGCCACUGGCUCUAUGGGAAUCAGAAGGAGUAUCACACAGAAGAAGAACUACAGGAGUUUAAGGUGCUGCCACAAAAGUACCCCAAUGCUACUUCUAUAUGGUUUGGACCCUUUCAUGCAGUGUUAAAUAUCUAUACCCCAGAAUAUGCAAAGCUUUUCCUGAGUCGAAAAGAUCCCAAGACCCAGAUAGCCUAUAAAUUCUUAAUCCCCUGGCUUGGAAAUGGUUUGUUGAUCCUGAAUGGCAAGAAAUGGCAUUCCCAUCGGCGCCUAGUGACCCCAGCCUUCCACAUCAACAUCCUGAAGGAGUAUGUCAGCAUCAUAGAGAACUCUGUCUGCGUGAUGCUGGAUAAAUGGGAAAAACUCACAACUAAGGAUAGUUCCAUGGACAUCUUCCAUCCUGUCUUGCUCAUGACCUUAGACUGUGUCCUGAAAUGUACCUUCGGCGUUCAGGAUUUCUGCCAAGAUGACAGCUUCUUAACCAACUAUUUCCAGAAUUUGUCCGAAAUGAUCAAUUACAUCUACCUUCGCACAUACAAUCUCUUCCUUCAUAGUGACUUCAUUUACAAGCUGACCUCUGACUUCCAGAAGUUCCAGGCUCUCUGCCAAGAAGUAAAGAAGCAUCCGGCUAAAGUCCUCCAGGAUAGGAAGGAACUCCUCAAGAAUCCAGGUGAGCAGGACAACACUCAAAAGAAGAGGAAGCAUCUGGAUUUCCUGGACAUUCUAUUCCAAGCCAAAGAUACAAAUGAAGGAAACUUUACAGAUGAGGAUCUAAUUGCUGAGGUAAAUACAUUCAUGUUUGCUGGCCAAGACACCAUGUCAUCUGGGCUCUCCUGGACCUUAUACUGCCUGGCCAUGAACCCAGACCACCAGAAGAAAUGCAGAGAGGAGAUCCAAGGUAUCCUGAAAGUUGGAGACUCCAUAACCUGGGAUCAUCUGGGCCAGAUGCCCUACCUCACUAAGUGUAUUAAAGAGUCCCUCCGUCUCUACCCACCUGGCCCCAAAAUAUCCAGGGAGCUCAGCACGCCCAUCACCUUCCCGGAUGGACGCACCCUUCCUGCGGGUAUGAUCGUUAUCCUGAACAUUUGGGCUCUUCACCAUAACUCUGCUGUCUGGGAAAACCCAGAGGUCUUUGACCCUGAAAGGUUCUCCCAAAAGAAUUAUGACAAGAGGCAUUCUUACGCUUUCUUACCAUUUUCUGCUGGAUCCAGGAACUGCAUUGGGCAGCAAUUAGCCAUGCUUUUAAUAAAGGUGGCCCUGGCCAGGAUAUUGCCCCGCUUUGAACUACUUCCAGAUCUUGAGAAGAUUCCCAUACCCUCUCUCCAACUAAUUCUCAAGCCCAAGAAUGGGAUUCAUCUGUAUUUAAAGCCGCUCCACUAGCCCACUGUAUGGUGGUGGUGAAUUUCAUGAUCUCUUGGAUAUCAUAGUAGAUGUCAUGAUCUUUAGUUUUAGUUAGUGAUACAGAGACAUGGAAGUAUGAACAUGGACUAGGCAAAAGGGUUCAAUCUUUUUUUUCCUGUGGCUUUGGAGUAAGUUAUAUAAUCCUAUAGAGUUUCUGGGGCCAUGCCUUUCACUUUUUCCCCUGCUCAAACCACUAUUAAUGAUGGUGAUGAACCUGGAUUCCUUGAAUGCUCAGAGCAAUAGAAUAGACUUAGGGAGUUCUCCAGUAAAGGAAAAAAACUACUUGAGGAAUGACCAUUUCAUCACCAAAUCAUCCACAAAAUGAUAAUCACAUGUGACUCUAUUGCCAUGACCAAAAAAAGGUAUGAUUUUAGGCAGGGUAUCCAGACAAGGCGUCCAAGAUAAUGAAAUACCUAGAACUUCAUGCAAUACUGCCUUACUUAAAACCAGUUUAUGAACGAAUCAAGACAUCACCCAUAAUGUCAUUGAUCCUCUUCCAAAGUGAAAGAUGAACUGUAAUAGGCUGAGGCUUGAGUUGAUGCACUGAGGUCCCAAGCACAUGAGGCUAAAUAGUAAUUGGACCAUACUCUAUUAAUAUAUAAGCUUGGAGAAAGAAUGGCCCCCGCCCACUCUUUGUGCAAGUCCUGAUGUGUUGUAUAGGAAAUGACGAUUUUGGUGGGUGGAGGCAGGGGAGUGGAAAAGGAAGGGGAAGGAGAGACUUUUGGGAUUGCGAUUGCGACAGUUUGCUCAGCUCAGAUCGCUCUCUGUUAGCUGGCUUCCUGUCGCAGCUGCCCAUAUUGCUAUAGCAAUUUUUCUUGCCCAUAUUACUAUCGCAAUCUUUAUUCACCUCUUCACUUCAAGAAAUAUUGAAGAUUUUUCCCUUAACCUGAAUUUCUGACUCCGGCUGAUUUUAAAUACGCGGUCAUUACAAUGAACAAUUUGCUGCCCAUAUUCUUAUAAUGGUUUUUCUUUCCAAAUAAAGAUGAGUUGCUUUUUAUUGUACUCUGAGUAAAGAUGAAGCAGAAGGGAGUAGAUAAAAAGGAAUCUAUGAAAUCAAUUCUUGUAUAGUUUAAAGAGAUAAAAAUUGUGAGUUUAUUUUGAACUCAUCCUGGUGAUGCAAAGCAGAAGAGUGACUUCAUUACAAAUGUAAAGAAGUUGUAUCUGUUGGGAAGAGGUAGAUCUAGAAAAUCAAAGAAUUACAGAGUUUAGAAUUAAAGUUUGAUGAGCACUUGAUUAAUCCAACUCACAUCAGAGUAAUCAGUCCUGUACAUACUAUACCUGACAAGAAACCCUCCAUACUUUACUUGAAGACUAUUAAAAAGAAGGAGCCUAAAACCUUUUGAAAGUAAUCCAACCCUUUCCUUGCUGAGACACCUCUAAUUUUUAGGAAGUUUAUGGGGAUAUUCAUCUUCAAGUUAGCUUCUUAUAAUUUCUAUCCAUUAUUUUUGAUUCUGCUUUCUAGAAUCAAAGACAGCAAAUAUAAUUCCCCCUUUCAAAUAACUAAAGACAACAUCUAUCCACUUCAAGUUAUCUUUUCUCCAAACUAAAUAUGUCCAGUCUCAUCAAGAAAUCUUCCUUGAUGAUAGACUCCAGGUUCUUCAUAUCUUAGGUGUUUUCAUCUGGAUACUCAUCAGUUUAUCAGAUUCCUUCCUAAAGAGUUGAUUACCUAAAUAUAUUGGCUGAAUCUAGACAAGCUGCUUUACUGCUCAGUGUCCUAGGCAAUUGUUUAAGACCAGAAAUGUCAGACAAAAAGGCUGUAACUUCAUGCUGUUCACAACAUGCCAGAAUACAGCCCAAACCAGAUUAAAAUGUAAUUGGUAAAUAGUUAACAAAAUGAAACAUAGAUUGUGAUGGAAGAUUAUUAUGCUAUAAGAAAUGACAAGCAAGAUGCUUUCAGAAAAAUCUUACAUGAACUGACGCAAAGUGAAGUGAGAAGAACCAGGAAAACACUGUACACAAUAACAGCAAAAAUUUUGUGAUGAACAACUAUGAAUGACUUAGCUAUUCUCAACAAUACAAUGAAUUUUUUUGCCAAUUUUUUUAAGUUUAAAUGCAAAAUGAGAAAAGAAAAAAAGCAAUACCAUGUAUAUAGCAAACCAUAAGAAAGAAUUUAAUAUAAAACAUAAAUUUCCAAUUUAAGAAAAUGUAUAUAAUAAUUACUACACAUUGUUUUCACAGUUAGCCAGUUUUUCUUUGCUUUCCUAUUAGGUUUUUUUUUUUUUGUUCUCUGCUGUACACUUUUUAUUUUAUUUUUCCUUCCCUUCUCCCACUAUUUUAGAUAAACACACAUAUGCGUGUGUCUGUAUGUAAUGUGUUCCAGUCCAAUCACAUUCUGAGAAAUUGCCUAUAAAAGUAUUUUCCCCAA